AUGCACUGUCCACUCCCCCUCAUUCUCCCCUGUCCCAUGUACUGUCCACUCCCCCUCAUUCUCCCCUGUCCCAUGUACUGUCCACUCCCCCUCAUUCUCCCCUGUCCCAUGCACUGUCCACUCCCUCUCAUUCUCCCCUGUCCCAUGCACUGUCCACUCCCCCUCAUUCUCCCCUGUCCCAUGUACUGUCCACUCCCCCUCAUUCUCCCCUGUCCCGUGUACUGUCCACUCCCCCACAUUCUCCCCUGUCCCAUGCACUGUCCACUCCCUCUCAUUCUCCCCUGUCCCAUGUACUGUCCACUCCCCCUCAUUCUCCCCUGUCCCGUGUACUGUCCACUCGCCCUCAUUCCCCCCUGUCCCAUGUACUGUCCACUCCCUCUCAUUCUCCCCUGUCCCAUGCACUGUCCACUCCCCCUCAUUCUCCCCUGUCCCAUGUACUGUCCACUCCCCCUCAUUCUCCCCUGUCCCAUGUACUGUCCACUCCCCCUCAUUCUCCCCUGUCCCAUGCACUGUCCACUCCCUCUCAUUCUCCCCUGUCCCAUGCACUGUCCACUCCCCCUCAUUCUCCCCUGUCCCAUGUACUGUCCACUCCCCCUCAUUCUCCCCUGUCCCGUGUACUGUCCACUCCCCCACAUUCUCCCCUGUCCCAUGCACUGUCCACUCCCUCUCAUUCUCCCCUGUCCCAUGCACUGUCCACUCCCCCUCAGUCUGCCCUGUCCCGUGUACUGUCCACUCCCCCUCAGUCUCCCCUGUCCGGUGUAUUGUCCCACUCCCUCUCAUUCUCCCCUGUCCCAUGUACUGUCCACUCCCUCUCAUUCUCCCCUGUCCCAUGUACUGUCCACUCCCUCUCAUUCUCCCCUGUCCCGUGUAGUGUCCACUCCCCCUCAUUCUCCCCUGUCCCAUGUACUGUCCACUCCCCCUCAUUCUCCCCUGUCCCAUGUAGUGUCCACUACCUCUCAUUCUCCCCUGUCCCUUGUAGUGUCCACUCCCUCUCAUUCUCCCCUGUCCCGUGUAGUGUCCACUCCCUCUCAUUCUCCCCUGUCCCGUGUAGUGUCCACUCCCUCUCAUUCUCCCCUGUCCCGUGUACUGUCCACUCCCCCUCAUUCUCCCCUGUCCCGUGUACUGUCCACUCCCCCUCAUUCUCCCCUGUCCCAUGUACUGUCCACUCCCCCUCAUUCUCCCCUGUGCCGUGUACUGUCCACUCCCUCUCAUUCUCCCCUGUCCCAUGUACUGUCCACUCCCCCUCAUUCUCCCCUGUCCCAUGUACUGUCCACUCCCCCUCAUUCUCCCCUGUGCCGUGUAGUGUCCACUCCCCCUCAUUCUCCCCUGUCCCAUGUACUGUCCACUCCCUCUCAUUCUCCCCUGUCCCGUGUAGUGUCCACUCCCUCUCAUUCUCCCCUGUCCCGUGUAGUGUCCACUCCCCCUCAUUCUCCCCUGUCCCGUGUACUGUCCACUCCUCAUUCUCCCCUGUGCCGUGUAGUGUCCACUCUCCCUCAUUCUCCCCUGUCCCAUGCACUGUCCACUCCCCCUCAUUCUCCCCUGUCCCAUGUACUGUCCACUCCCCCUCAUUCUCCCCUGUCCCGUGUACUGUCCACUCCCCCUCAUUCUCCCCUGUCCCGUGUACUGUCCACUCCCCCUCAUUCUCCCCUGUCCCAUGCACUGUCCACUCCCUCUCAUUCUCCCCUGUACCGUGUACUGUCCACUCCCCCUCAGUCUCCCCUGUCCGGUGUACUGUCCACUGCCCCUCAUUCUCCCCUGUCCCGUGUACUGUCCACUCCCCCUCAGUCUGCCCUGUCCGGUGUACUGUCCACUCCCCCUCAGUCUGCCCUGUCCGGUGUACUGUCCACUCCCCCUCAUUCUCCCCUGUGCCGUGUACUGUCCACUCCCCCUCAUUCUCCCCUGUCCCGUGUACUGUCCACUCCCCCUCAUUCUCCCCUGUCCGGUGCAGUCGUCCUUCGUCCCGCUGCUGUAGGGGUGCUUCCUCGCUCUCCCUCACAUCCACUCUGGAGCCUGUCGGACUCAGUGCAGAGUCAGCAGCAGCGAUUACGCACACAUUACUGCGCUCCGUCAUGUCAGCACACCUCACCUCCGCCCAGAGCAUCCAUCCAAGUGUCACUGCAGGGUUCCAAACGAAAAUGGAGGAUCAAGGAAGAAGAAGAGGAGUUUGUGUCAGAGGAGGGAGAGGAGCAGGCCGAGGAGGGAGAGGAGCAGGCCGAGGAGGGAGAGGAGCAGGCCGAGGAGGGAGAGGAGCAGGCCGAGGAGAGAGAGGAGCAGGCCGAGGAGGGAGAGGAGCAGGCCGAGGAGGGAGAGGAGCAGGCCGAGGAGGGAGAGGAGCAGGCCGAGGAGGGAGAGGAGCAGGCCGAGGAGGGAGAGGAGCAGGCCGAGGAGGGAGAGGAGCAGGCCGAGGAGGGAGAGGAGCAGGCCGAGGAGGGAGAGAAGGAGGGCGAGCAAGACAACGCAUUUCCAUUACAGAUGAACUAA